UUACCAAAAUUAGUAGAUAUGAAAUGGAGAGUAGAUCUGAGCACUGCAUCAAAUGUAAUCCAAAAAAUGUCUGCUCCAAGUGUUGUUAUCCAAUUGAAUGUACAAAAUCCAUCCAAAGUUGUUGGUGUCAUGCCAAAGACUGAACAAGUUAAUUUUGAAAUGGAUAAGGAAACUUUAUCUACAAUGCUUAAAGGUCUAUCAAAGAUUAGAGAUCAACUUGCUUCUAUUAAAUAA